AUGGCGCCACCCGCAACCGACCGGCGCACCCCUCUCUCUGAUGGCGCAGGCCAAAUGGUGCCGGACGACUCGAAGCCGCACCUCGCCGACCACCAGUUCGUGUCGCCGCAGACGACGGUGCUGCAGGCGCCCACACCGCUGCGUGCGCCCCUCACCACGGAGUCCACCGAACCUCACGUCUCGCCCGCGGAGUUCCUAUCCGUCACCUAUUACCACGUCGCGGCGAUCCUCGACCCUGCCGACGAGGCGAGUCGCCAGCGCCGUCUUUGCGAUUCGCUUUGCCUCGGUGGCAGGCUCCGUGUCUGCGCCCAUGGCCUCAACGGCGCACUGACGGGCGGCGCGGAGGCGGUGCGGCAGUACAUCGAGUGGGUUGAGGAGCGGCACGAGCCUCGCCCGCAGCGCGCCAUCGACUGGAAGCUCGCUCCCGUCUCCGGGUCCGAGCUCUUCGUCGGCCUCAGCGCGCCGCACGUGUCUCCGGCCGACUUCCACCGCCUCCUCGAGGAGGAGGCGGCGGUGCGCGACCCGUCCGCCCCUGCCGGCAACCCUCCCCCUCUCGUGCUGCUCGACGUGCGGAACGGGCGCAGACGACCGGCGGCGUCGGCGAUGCGCGCCAGAGGCGGCGAGGGAGGCGGCGAGGGAGGCGGCGAGGGCUGCAGCGAGGCCGGCGGCGGCGGGGAGGGGGAGGGCGAGGGCGGCGUCUACCAGCUGCGGGGCGGCAUCGUGCGCUACCUCGAGGAGCACAGCGACGGCGGCUGGUACCGCGGCUCCAACCUGCUCUUCGACCCUCGCCGCACGCAGCGGCCGUCGGCUGGCGGCGGCGGAGUGGUCGGCGAGUGCAUAGUCUGCUCUGCCGGCGCGGACAGCUACGAGAGCGGCGCGCGCUGCCGCCGCUGCCGCGCCUUGCUGCUGCUCUGCGCGCGUUGCAGCGGCGGCGAGGUCGCGGCGGAGGCUGCUGCCGCUCCGGCGGUGCGGUUCCGGUUUGUGCUCUGUUGCGGCGGUUUCGUCGGCGCCGCUCCGGAGCUGGGCGCGCUCUACGAGCGUUCGGCGCCGAUCGCGAUGCCUUCCCUGCACGUGGUCGGAGAGGGGGACGGCGUAGCGCCGGGUGGCGGCGGCGAGGAGCUUGUCCGCCUCUUCUGCCCCGCGAGGGCGGAGGUGGUGCGGCACGGAGGAGGCCACUUCAUGCCCGCCGGCAAACGCUUCGUUGAGCGGUACGUCGAGUUCCUCGAUGCGCAAAGGGAAUGA